AUGCAGCUUAUAACGAGAAAAUCGAGUAAACAUAGAACACUAAUUGCACUUAUACUAAUACUUGGGUUAGUUCUAGGAAGUAGGGAAUGCGCAAUAGGCGGGCAUUCUCCAGCUGAUGAACCCCAGAAAAAAAAGGACGAUACUGAAGAGAGUGAAGAUGAGAGCUUUUCAUUAUGGAAGAAUUCAAAUGCACAAAAGGCAUUACCAGAGUAUAGAGACAGUUACUCUAGCGAUAUAAAUGAGUAUGCAUAUCCAUACCGUAUGGUAUUCUAAAAAUAGUAAAGA